AUGGAGCGAAACAUUGACAUCUACGCCAGCAAGCUGGCGGAUGAGAAGCUUGAUAUCAAGCUCCGGUCCAACGUCGCACUUGAAUUACGAGACAAUAUAGAGCCACUGUGCUCCGGUGCGAGCUAUCCCAUAUUUCUUUCCAAGCUAUGGCCCGUCUUCAAGACAAUCCUCAAGGGCGAACCGGUAUUCUCCAGCUCGUCGUUCGAGCAGGUUAGUCGCGACUCUCCCCUCCCCCGCUUAUUAUACCGGAAACUUCCACCCUCCGAAUUGAGGCUGACGACCCCCUUCCUACUUUAG